CUCGGCCACGCCCGGCUUGACCAGCGAGCUGGAGAGGUGAGCCCAUCUAGGCGGCUGGGCCUGUUCACGCGCUCGACAUGUGGCCGUGGUGUUCAUCUUGCCACGUGCCACCUGUCAUUUGGUGACGUGGACGCCCCGCAACGCGUGAACAGGGGAAGCGCCAACCGUGAUUGAUUGGAGGAUUACUGCACAAAAGUGGUGCGGCUCUUUGAGUGAGCCAUGACUACCAUGGAGGAGAAUUUGGAGAGGGAGCUACAUAUUGGAGCAAACGAAUGGCUGAUUAGCUUGGAGAAUGGAUGCAGAUGGCAACAAGAGAUUGUGAGGAACAUGUCUUUGCGGCUGCAAAGCGAGCGAAGGGGGAGCGAUCGCUCUGGCUGGUUGGAUGAAGGACAAAAGUGAGGACAUGCUGGCGAUCGUUUGGGAGCUGGAGGAGGGGCCGGAUCCUCGGCUUGACGUCUACAUCGAUUGGAGGAGGGCAGAUGGCAUCAUGUCAGUCUGCAAAACCCUCUUCAAUGAGGGUCGUGAUCUGUAUGCUCUUCAGGAAGACUGGUUGGAGGGCAUUAUUGAUCGUGAGGAUGCGCACGAGGUAACAGCGGUACCAUCAAGAUUAACAACAACAUCAAUGGAUGGGUGCGACAACAACAACAGCAACAAUGAUAACAGCGGUGAGAACACUAACAACAACAACAGCGGCGAAAACAUCAUCAUCAACAACAACAACAACAACAAUAACAAUAACGAUAAUAUCAACACCAAUGACGACGAAGACGACAAUGACGACUAUGGAAGCAGCAGGGCUGACAGCUGUGUCCGGGCAGUUGCGAUCAUCAGUGACACGAUGGGGGAGAUGCCGCAAGUGGAUGACGGGGAGAUUGGGGUUGGAACGAAAAAGGGGUUUGUCAUCUCGCCCCCUUCAACGAUCGGUGAGGACGAUGACGGCGACGACGGAGUCCACGACCAAGGGAGCAGCGGGGUAGGAAGUGACAGCCAGGCGGCUGAGAUUAUCAUCACCGCGAUGGGAGGGAUGUUGCAAGUGGACGUGGUAGGAUAUGCGGUUGAUACAGAGAAGUGGUUUACUGCUUUCCCCCCCUUCAACCUUCAUACGGAGUUCCUCCUCGUGGUUUGGCGGAGGAUAGGAGUAGGAUAGCUGGGGGUGAUUGAUGUUGCCCGGCGUGCAAUACCAAUCAUCAACGGGGGGCUGAUGGUCUUGUUGGGUGGUGGUGGGAUAUUUAGUGACGAGUUAGCAGGAUGUCAAUCCUUCCCUGCGCAAGGAAGUAAUCAACGCCCCCUGACAGU